AUGGAAAAUAAAUCUCCACAAGGGUUAUUUCUAAAGCACGAUCGUCGUGCGCGUAGCGAGGUGGACUUCGAGACGGCACGACGCAACAACGCUAUACCGCAGUCAAUCGAUAAGGAUUUCCCGAUCUUCUCGAAACUGAACGUUCAACCGAAUGCGUACGCGAACUAUCGUCAUGCAUACUACGACGACAACAUGACCCCUUAUGCGGGAGCCAGUGGACUGCGACCGUACACAGGCGCACAAUCGAUGCCACAGGCCAGAUAUCAGUUCGCGGAUCCUCGUUUCUCGAACUUCUCGGCCAGUCGAGCCGGCAGUUAUCAAUCGCUGGUGGCACCAACGGCGAACCACACGGCACCAUCGUACGCCUCCAGCGAAGCCUCAUCGUUUGCGCGAGGUGGCGCUAAAGCAAAAGCAGGUGCCGCAAAACACAACUUGGCCAGUCGCUUCACACCGCGCCCGCAAAAUCGCAUCUAUCCUACUGGUCGUGUUCCCCCGCAGACAGACAACCGCCCCUCGCCAUUCGAUGGGAAACGUCCAUGGUAUAAGCGCAAGAUGUGCAUGUUAAGCGCUGGUAUUAUUGGCCUAAUCUUCAUCGCGCUCAUCGUCUUAACCAUCGUAUUCGGUGUGAAGGCGUAUCGAAACUCCAGCAGUGGAGCAGCAUCAGGACCACAAGGACCCACAAACAAGAUUACUAUCGCUUUCCCAUUCGGAUACUCGAAUCGUACUCUAUCUAAAGGCGAAAUAAGUAAAGGAUCGAAUAUACCGCCACCGCUUGAGGGCAAACUCAAAAUAACAUUCUCAUUCCCAAUCGCGCAUCUCGAUGAGAAAGACAACAGUCGUCUUGACGCUAUGCACAAUCGCCUUAUUACGGCAAUAACGGAUGUGAUAAUGGGUUUCAACGAUGGGAGGACAACGUUCGCAUUCCAACAAUACAGUGAUGAAAGCACUCAAAGACUUAUCGAUAAUCUCGAUUUCGCAACCGCUCUAAGAGACUUGAAUUCGAUUGUGUCGAAAACUGUCCUCGGUGUUCAACCUUCUCAGCACAGUGAGCUUUCAGGUCCGGGAGAAAAUCCACAGGAGUCGGCUGAAUUCGUUAUGACGUUUGCAUUCAACAUAGCACAUAACGAUGGCAAAGCUCGUAUGAAGAGAAGUCCAGCAGAUGUGACGGCAAAUGCACCUCAGGAGUGUCAAAUCAUGAGUGCUGCUAUCGACAAGUACAAGGGAAAAAGUGUAGCAUUCAUAUACGAAAUAUACGCUAGCGGUAUAAAUCCGCCAGCUAUAGAUUGCACGGAUGCUAAGAAUGCAUUGGAAAAAUUAAAGACUGUUUGCGCCUUGGAACUUCCAAGCGGAAACCCAAGUUUGGCAGGGGAUCCUGAUGAUUUCAAAAAGGACAUGAGCUCAGCAUCCGCCAAUAUGGCCAAAUUUGCUAAAGAUCUGAAGUCAACUUCAGCUCAGUCAUCACUUGUGAUUAUCGCAGACGCACAAAGCGCCAGCUACUUCGCAAACGUUUCAGAUGUAGGCCUCGUAAACACCUCCGGCAGAUCUGUAGAUGAAAUCAUGAGCAGUCUUUCUUCAGAAAUGCCUGUUAUUGAAAAUUCAGCAACAAGCAGUACUCCGCCUAGCCCACCUGAUGGAAGAUCUUCAACAACUACUCAUGGAGGAUCUCCACCAUCAGUAACUAUCCCUUCAUCAAAUACCACACAACCUUCGGACGGUACGACCCAUUCAAUUGGAACAAUCACUCCAGAACCACCAACUGCACCAUCUGGUGGUAUACCAUCGACUUCUACUCAUGGUCCAACUCCCCCUCCACCACCACCACAAACAAAUACAACUAUACCUAUUUUACGUAAUUAU